AUGUUUAGCAAGGAAGCAAGCAAUUCGCGUGACGGUCGUGAAAGCCGCCGUGGUUUUCGCGACGAACGGUACGUGUGUGGGAGGGGUACUAAUGCGGUCGCGUGUCCGCCGGCCAGCGCCGGAAGCUCAUCAGGGUCGCAUCUCCGCCGGGAGUUGCCGAUCCUGCCGGAGCUGACGGAGGAGGAGGCCGAAGUGUUCGGCACGGACGAGCGUAACUACCGGAAAUUCUCGCGCCUGGACGACAUUUUGGUGCGCGUGAACGGGGAGGACUUACCGCCUUACCUGGAGUGCGGAUUCGGCCAGUGCAGUUUCGACGAAGCGUUGCGCCAGAAUAUGCACAAGGCGGGAGUGUUCUGGCCAUCGCCGGUGCAGCGGUACGCCAUACCGGGACUGCUGGCCGGGCGCGAUCUGUACGUGGUGUCUGAGACCAAUGCCGGCAAGAUCGCCGCCUUCGUGCUGCCGAUGGUCCAGCUAGUGCUCGCCCAGGAGGUUCUGGAGCUGACGGCGCCCCAGCCCUACGUUAUCAUCGUCACGCCGACGCGCCGAACCGCCGCCAAAACGUACGCCGAGGCGCGCAAGUUCGCCUACGGUACGCCGGUGAAGGUGUGCGUGGUCGAUAGUACCUUUGUGGACCAGCAGCGUGAGAUCGCCAGCGGGUGCCACAUUCUGGUGGUGACUCCUGGAUGGCUGAUACACCUGAAGACCAUCGGUACAGUCGCGUUCCGCAACGUGAAGGCCGUGGUGCUGCACGAGGCAGACCAGAUCAUCCAGCUCGGCCUCCGUACGGCGAUCGAGUUCCUGAUGAAUGACCCGACGCUGCCGGCGAACCGCCAGACGGUAAUCUAUUCGCUCUCCAUGAACGGCUUGGUCCACGAUCUGGCGGUGGAGUACCUGACCCGCCCGAUCUCGGUGAUCGUGAAGGUCGUCGGCGGGACGUCGCAGGACAUCCUGCAGACCAUCCAUCGGGUGUGUGAAAUUCCUAUAGCCGAACCAUAA